CCGCCUGUGGAUGAAACACGGAAGAGUUCAUUCAAGGAAUCUACUGUGGAGAUACAGGCAGGAUAGAAGCACACGGAGCGCAUCGGGAUCCUUUGAAUUACAGCAAAACUUCCUAAAGAAAAUGAUCCCAUGAAGACGAGACAAAUGUGUGUCCAUAUGCGCUUUCGUUGCCUUACUUUGGAUAAAAACUGAGAUGUCGGGAAAGGAGCAACUUCAUGGAUUCUUUCUGGUUUGGACUAUACUCUCCGCGUUCGGCGAAAAACUCGGUAAGCAAACUAACCGUCGUUAAAGCAACCGCGAUUUACACGAUUACCCAUUACUUUAUUGUACUACAGCAGAUUGUAUGUAACAGGUCUCGCUACUUCACAUUCGAUGGAACCUGAAUAUUCUUUAAUUCAGGAUGACACCGAUAAUUUGACGUUUUACUAGACUUUGGUGUACCAUGUGUUGAAGGCACACCAGACAGUGUUUAUGUGCCUUAAAUACAUGGCACAUAAAGGGUUAAUAACACAUUGUGUGGGGCUUGUUCAAUAAGCCUCGAAUGUUAAGUACUUCAAUGAAACAGUAGUGUGUGGCAUGUAAUUACAAUGAAUCAUGUAUUUGUUACAUUGAAUCACUGUUAUGCUACAUUGAGUUGAGAUCAAACAUGCAAAAUGUUGUGAGAAAUAGAACCAGUCAUGUUUUAACAGUUGUCUUUCAAACACUACUCCUUGAAACUCUCUGAGCUGUAUUAUCUUAGAAGAGGAAUGUUGAAAGUAAGUAUAGUAGUCUUCAGUUCAAUGGUUAACCAUUAAGCCUGUAGGCUUACAUAGGCUACCUGCCAAAUGUAAUCUAACAAUCCCUAAGAAGAUAGGUGACUUUCACCCGUGACAAAACAGCCAAAAGGGAGGUACUGGAGCUGCGACCAUAAUAGCUGUGUGAUUGAUCAUCCUCCUGUACCACCACACUGAUGGACGGCAAUGCUCGAUUUUGUACUAUUUAGCCAGAUAGGCUCAUAGUAGGCUACGUGCCUUAGAAUGACAAUGGAGCAGGGUCAUCCUUUUGUGCCUGUGCUCCUGUGGUAUUGUCUCUCAGUACCAAGGAGUCACCACUGGCUGCUGAACAAUGCCCUACAGCGCCACGCAUGCCUUAGCACUCAGCUUAGCCAAAGCUCUCCCACUGGCUUCCUUUGGGAACCUUGUGUGGAGCCAUGCAAUGAACAGUUUUAGUCCGAUGCACAUUGUAGUCCGACAGAGCGGGGGAAGAAUUGAUUCCUGUCAUUAUUUGAUGGCGUUUUCCCCCUCUACCUGGUAUUAUGUUGAGCCUCCCUGCCUGUCACAUUGCAUCUGCUUCCACAACUGCCCCUCUGAGUGUGUGAAGUGAAUAUUUCAUGUUUGUCCCGAGGGCAGAAGUCAGCCAGGUGUUCAGGAGAGACGAUGAGAGAUGCACUGGCAUAAAACAUUUAAAUUGCAUCAUUAUAUUCUCUUUUAGUAAAAAAUUAAUGAAUGAGUUUGCCUGUGUAUAUCAGUAUGACUGGAGUGAGAAAAUGAUACAUAAAGCUUAGGUGGAAUUACUCUAGUGACCCAACUAUGUGCACUGCAUAGAGAGAAAUGAUACCUCACUAUGAAUGAAGAAUCUCAGGAACUAAAAAAAGACAAGAACUGAAAUCUGACUGAAACCUCCAACACAGGAGCCUAUAUCUGAGAGGAUCAGAAAAUGUCUAGGUCAUGGAAGAUUAAAAAAUGGCUUAGUAGGUCUAUCUGCUGGGGGACUCUGUCAUGUAAACAUGUUGUUGUACUGUAGGUAUUUAAAGUGCAUGUGGACUGAACCAAACAAAAAAAAACAUAGACAGAGAGCUUGAUUGUUAUUGUUCCAAACGAACCACUACCUGAAAAGGCUCUUGAGUGGAUCUUAAAGGGCCCACUCUGACCUUCUCUGUUUACACACCUAUGGUCAGUAAUUCUCCGCGGCAUGGGUGUAGUCUAUUUCCUACUUUACCGUUGUGUGAUGAUGCACUGACUCCUGCGCCUGCCCCCAGGUGGGUAUCUGCAUCUUGUUUACAUUUUUCCGUCCCGCUGUGCUGUCCGCCCAGCCUCACAUCUGGACUGAGUCCAGCCUCCGACCACAAAGGCCACUGUGUGUGCCUGCCCAGUGUGUGACGCUGACGUAACAUCACUGCAUGCCUGUGGACUGGCCAGUCAAGUCAAAGCUGCCAUCAUGUGUUUUUUAAUAGCCUCAUUCAUUUGUCCGUGGGCCAACUAAUUUUCUUUAAAUGUUUUUCCAUGAAAUGUGAUUUACCUUCAUUGGAAAGAAUCUGUCUUUAGAGCUCCUUAUCCAGAAACCAGUGUUAUUUCAUGCAUGUUUUAGGCCUAUGCGAAAUGUUCCAGCACUGCACAGAUCCUGCCAUUGAUGUCUGGACUAUGUGUUUCUGUUCUACAUACAGUACAUCUAAGUUCAAAGGCCCAGUCCAAACACUAGCCCCUACCUCCUAGGCACUUCAUAUUUAUUUUAAUUUAAUUUUUUAGUCAUUUAGCAGACGCUCUUAUCCAGAGUGACUUACAGGAGCAAUUAGGGUUAAGUGCCUUGCUUAAGGGCACAUCGACAGAUUUUUCACCUAGUCGGCUCGGGGAUUAGAACCAGCGACCUUUCAGUUACUGGCACAAUGCUCUUACCCACUAAGCUACCUGCCGCCCUAUAUAGGCUAGAUCUGAAAGAAAUGGAAUAGGUAUGAUGUAUUGGGGAUAGGUGUAAGCAUAAGACGUGAUAGUAGCGCAACCUUGCCCUAUGAUAAGCUAGGUAGAAUUUUCACCAUAUUGCUAAUCAAUAUUGCUAAUCAUUUCAUAUCUACGUGACGUCUCUAGGGAUUAGAGGCUAGGACUGGGCCUAGGUCUGUGGGAAGCAGUCUGGUGACUGGUCUCUGUGGGACACAGCUGCCAUGAGGCCCAUGCGGGCCUGUUAGUGCUGUCACAGGUGUUAAUGCCACACCCAGGGGGACAGUGGAUUAACCUUUCUGUAAACAGGGUCCACCGUGUCACCAGGGUGCUGGGCUAGGCCCCGAGGCAUGGGCGCCACUGGCACACCACACACACACACGGCCAAAGGGAAGCCCCACACCUUCUACAAGAGCCUGGAGCUGGCCUGGCCCAAGCAGCUGAGCAUCCCAGACAGACACCCCACCUCUCGUGCCACCCAAUGGGGAUCUCUGGAUCUCUAGAGAGAGAGCUUUUUUUGCUUUGCUGUGCUCUGCGUUCUUAAGCAGAAGUGCAUCAGCCAGGUAUUUCUGUUAAGUAACUCCUAUUUGUUGUCAGUCUGAGAAGAUGUCAGCUCAUCGAGACAUUGGCUAAUUUUUACUCACUUUGAUUGAUGUAAUUAAGACUGCCUUCCAAUAGCUCUCAUCAGGGCUUGUAUUUUUGCUGACACAAUGCAAUAUUUACAGUGUGUUUGGUUUGACUUGUCUUGACAUGUCUCCCUCCCUUAAUGUCUACUUAACAUGAGUGAUUCCUUUCAUAUGUACUAGCACAUUCUCUUUGUAGACCUGCUGCUUUCCUUGAUUAAUUGUAAACGGUUAGCUUAGUAAAAUUAGUCAUGUUGGCUAACUAGCAAACUGAACAAUAUGUCUAAUUUACUGGUGAGGUUGUUUGGCGUGGUUGUGGAGUGAAAGUUGAGCCUUGAAUGGUGAAUGUUCUUAUUUGCCUUCCAGUUUUUUCUCCACCUAGCUCCACCAUCACGUGUGUUUCUCAUAUCAUGGUUUAACAAGUCUUAAACAAUGUAAUAGAAAUACAACACCAAAAUGGAGACAGAACUUUUCUGAUCUAACUCGACUUCACUCCUAUGGUUUUGUCCAGAUGACGGUUGUGGCCACUCAAUGCUGGGCCCAGAGAGCGGUGUCCUCUCAUCUAAGAACUACCCGGGAACCUACCCCAACAAUACCUGGUGCGAGUGGAAGAUCCGUGUGCCAGAGGGCAACAGCCUGGUCCUCAGGUUUGGCGACCUGGAUGUGGAGGCACGGGACUGCCAGUCGGACUAUGUCAAGGUCCUCAAGGCUGGCUACGGAGGCAAGCAUGGUGAGUCUGAGUCAGCCAUCUUGGCCUUGGCUAUUGUCUCUCUGGUUCUAUGUGGGGAUGGAAGUGUGACCUAGCUAGCGGUGGUGGUGCUACACAGACCACAGUCUUCAUAACAUUCCUUCUCCACAGAUGUAAAGCACAUGUCAGACUGAGCUUCCCUAUUCACUUAGCCAAGGACAGAGCUUCUUCUGGGGGGUUUUUUCCUUAUAUAAAGAGCCGGAGGAGAGAGCGGGUGUCUUUGUUGUACUUGAGAAUAGCCUCACACAAAGAGGAAGUUGUGGGUGAUCCUGUUAUUGUAUUAGUGAGCGGUUAGCAUAUCUUGGGGGUAUGAUAUUUGUGUGUCUGUAACUUCCUCACUUAUCAAUAUUCACGAUUAAUUCACAAUUAUCCGUAAUCAUAGUAGCAUCCACAUUAAUGUAGAAGUGUUUCGAAACAUAUUCCAUUCUUAUUUACAAUAAAAGUGACUCCAAAAUGACACAAUACAUUAUUUACAAUACAUUUCUAUUGGGCCCAAAAUAAUCUAAACACAACCAAAACAAACAGCAGAUGCAUCCAACAAAUGUGUAGAGUUACAACAAUAAUAUAAACGAAACAAUUUCAAAGAUGUUACUGAGUUACAGUUCAUAUAAGGAAAUCAGUCAAUUGAAAUAAAUUCAUUAGGCCCUAAUCUAUGGAUUUCACAUGACUGGGAAUACAGAUAUGCAUCUGUUGAUCACAGAUACCUUUAAAAAAAAAUGGGCGUGGAUCAGAAAACCAGUCAGGAUCUGGUGUGACUACCAUAUGCCUCAUACAGCACGACACAUCUCCUUUGCAUAGAGUUGAUCAGGGUGCUGAUUGUGGCCUGUGGAAUGUUGUCCAACUCCUCUUCAAUGGCUAUGCGAAGUUGCUGGAUAUUGGCUGGAACUGGAACACGCUGUCGUACACGCCGAUCCAGAGCAUCCCAAACAUGCUCAAUGGGAGACAUGUCUAGUGAGUAUGCAGGCCAUAGAAGAACUGGGACAUUUUCAGAUUCCAGGAAUUGUGUAAAGAUCCUUACAACAUGGGGCCGUGCAUUAUCAUGCUGAAACAUGAGGUGAUGGUGGCGGAUGAAUGGCACGACAAAGGGCCUCAGGAUCUCGUCACGGUAUCUCUGUGCAUUCAAAUUGCCAUUGAUAAAAUGCAAUUGUGUUCGUUGUCCGUAGUUUAUGCCUGCCCAUACCAUAACCCCACCACCACCAUGGGGCACUCUUUACAAAACUUUGACAUCAGCAAACCGCUCACCCACACAACUGCCAUCCGCCCGGUACAGUUGAAAAUGGGAUUAAUCCGUGAAGAACACACUUCUCCAGCGUGCCAGUGGCCAUCAAAGGUGAGCAUUUGCCAGGUGUCAGGUGAAUGGAUUAUCUUGGCAAAGGAGAAAUGCUCACUAACAGAGAUGUAAAGAAAUGUGUACAACAUUUUAGAGAAAUUAGCUUUUUGUGCUUAUGGAACAUUUCUGGGAUAUUUUAUUUCAGCUCAUGAAACAUGGGACCAACACUUUAUAUGUUGUGUUUAUAUAUUUUUGUUCAGUGUAGUCAUUGCGUGCUAUGAAUAUGGGACCAAAUACUUAACGUUUUACUACUUUAAUACACAUAUAAGUGAAUUUAACCUAAAAUGGGGAUACUAUGUACAAAAAGUACUGUAAUUUCUGAACAGUUCACCUGAUAUGGAUGACAAUACCCUCAAAUUAAAGCUGACAGUCUGCAAUUUAACCUCAUAGUCAUUGCUGGAUUAUAGUACUGGAUUACAGAGUCAAAACAACCAAAAAUGUGUCACUGUCCCAAUACAUUUGGCAGUCACUGUAUGCCGUUAUAGUCUCUCUGUUACCUUGAGAUCUCUAUGUGCUUUGAUGGUGUUUGACUACACUACCUGUCAAAGGUUUUAGAACACCUAACCAUUCAAAGGUUUUUCUUUAUUUUUACUAUUUUCUAAAUUGGAGAAUAAUAGUGAAGACAUCAAAACUAUGAAAUAACACACUCUUGGCAUUCUCUCAACCAGCUUCACCUGGAAUGCUUUUCCAACAGUCUUGAAGGAGUUCCCACAUAUGCUGAGCACUUGUUGGCUGCUUUUCCUUCACGCUCCCGUCCAACUCAUCCCAAACCAUCUCAAUUGGGUUGAGGGCGAGGGAUAGUGGAGGCCAGGUCAUCUGAUGCAGCACUCCAUCACUUUCCUUCUUGGUAAAAUAGCCCUUACACAGCCUGGAGGUUGUGUUGGGUCAUUGUCCUGUUGAAAAACAAAUGAUAGUCCCACUAAGCGCAAACCAGAUGGGAUGACGUAUCGCUGCAGAAUGCUGUGGUAGCCAUGCUGGUAAAGUGUGCCUUGAAUUCUAAAUAAAUCACAGACAGUGUCACCAGCAAAGCACCCCCACACCAUAACACCUCAUCCAUGCUUUACGGUGGGAAAUACACAUGCAGAGAUCAUCCGUUCACCCACACGUGUCUCACAAAGACACGUUUGUUGGGGUCCUUUAGUAGUGGUUUCUCUGCAGCAAUUCGACCAUUAAGGCCUGAUUCACACAGUCUCCUCUGAACAGUUGAUGUUGAGAUGUGUCUGUUACUUGUCCAAGAAGGCGUAGCAGUGCGGUCGUGUACUCUUGUGUGUCCGUGUAAAUAGCCUGUUUUUUUUAGUUUUUUUGUCUUUUACGUAUAUAUUUCCCUAUCACACUUUUCAUCCUUCUACUAAAUAUACUUUCCUGCAACCCGCCUCACUCAAUGUGGAACGGAUUCUAUUAUUUACUUACCUUUUUAUCUAGAAUCUCCAGUUGAAACUAGCUAGCCAGCUAACUAGCUACUUGCUAUUAGCCACCGUUAGCGUUUUUUCACCCAGAACAUCGGAUUUUCUGCCGGAAUAACUGAAUCACUGGACCUUAACACCGGAUCGCAGCCAGCUAGCCGCAACCAAAUGGAUGUUGCUGUUGGCUAAUCACCACUGCCCCCGAAGCAAGCACCAGUUAGCCUUGAGCUAGCCUCGAGCCCAUAUCCCGGCUAUCUACCUCUCUGUCUACCGGACGGGAGUAGCCAGCUAACUAGCUACUUGCUAUUAGCCACCGUUAGCAGGGUUUUUUUCACCAUUGUCCGUGGCCUGCACUACCUACCAGCCAGCUCUAGCCUGGACUAUUAUCGGCCAGUCUGCACAGCGCGUUAUCGACCAAGAACAUAUAGGAUUUUCUGCCGGAAUCACUGAAUCACUGGACCUUUAACACCGGAUCAUCGCAACUAGCUAGCUGCAACCGAAUGGAUGUUGUGGUGGGCUAAUCAGCCUUGAGCUAGCUCCUGAGUGGCGCAGUGGUCUAAGGCACUGCAUCACAGUGCUAGCUGUGCCACUAGAGAUCCUGGUUCGAAUCCAGACUCUGUCGUAGCCGGCCACGACCGGGUGACCCAUGGGGCGGCGCAAAAUUGGCCCAGCGUCGUCCAGGGUAGGGGAGGGAAUGGCCGGCAGGGAUGUAGCUCAGUUGGUAGAGCAUGGCGUUUGCAACGUCAGGGUUGUGGGUUCGAUUCACACGGGGGACCAGUAUGAAAAAUAAAAAAGUAAUGUAUACACUCACUGACUGUAAGUCACUCUGAAUAAGAGCGUCUGCUAAAUGACUAAAAUGUAAAAUUUAAAUGAAAGCAAAGGCUAGCUUUUUCAAACAGAAAUUUGCAUCUUGUAGCACUAACUACAAAAAGUGUUGGGACACUGUAAAGUCCAUGGAGAAUAAGAGCACCUCCUCCCAGCUGCCCACUGCACUGAGGCUAGGAAACACUAUCACCACCGAUAAAUCUACAAUAAUCGAGAAUUUCAACAAGCAUUUUGCUACGGCUGGCCAUGCUUUCCACCUGGCUACCACUACCCCGGCCACCAGCUCUGCACCCUCCGCUGCAAAUAGCCUUGGUUUCUCAAAUGACUGCCUCGCCUGGUUCACCAACUACUUCUCAGAUAGAGUUCAAUGUGUCAAAUCGGAGGGCCUGUUGUCUGGACCUAUGGCAGUCUCUAUGGGGGUGCCACAGGGUUAAAUUCUCGGGCCGACUCUUUUCUCUGUGUAUAUCAAUGAUGUCGCUCUUGCUGCUGGUGACUCUCAGAUACACCUCUACGCAGACGACACCAUUUUGUAUACAUCUGGCCCUUCAUUGGACACUGUGUUAACAAACCUCCAAACGAGCUUCAAUGCCAUACAACACUCCUUCCGUAGCUUCCAACUGCUCUUAAACACUAGUAAAACUAAAUGCAUGCUCUUCAAUCAAACCCUGCUGGCACCCGCCCACCCGACUAGAAUCACUCCUCUCGGCGGGUCUGACCUAGAGUAUGUGGACAACUACAAAUACCUAGGUGUCUGGUUAGACUGUAAACUAUCCUCCCAGACUCACAUUAAGCAUCUCCAAUCCAAAGUUAAAUCUAGAAUCGGCUUCCUAUUUCGCAACAAAGCCUCCUUCACUCAUGCUGCCAAACAUGCCCUCGUUAAACUGACUAUCCUACCGAUCCUUGACUUCGGCAAUAUCAUUUACAAAAUAGCCUCCAACACUCUACUCAGCAAAUUGGAUGUAGUCUAUCACAGUGCCAUCCGUUUUGUCACCAAAGCCCCAUACAGUGGGGGAAAAAAGUAUUUAGUCAGCCACCAAUUGUGCAAGUUCUCCCACUUAAAAAGAUGAGAGAGGCCUGUAAUUUUCAUCAUAGGUACACGUCAACUAUGACAGACAAAUUGAGAAAAAAUAAUCCAGAAAAUCACAUUGUAGGAUUUUCUAUGAAUUUAUUUGCAAAUUAUGGUGGAAAAUAAGUAUUUGGUCACCUACAAACAAGCAAGAUUUCUGGCUCUCACAGACCUGUAACUUCUUUAAGAGGCUCCUCUGUCCUCCACUCGUUACCUGUAUUAAUGGCACCUGUUUGAACUUGUUAUCAGUAUAAAAGACACCUGUCCACAACCUCAAACAGUCACACUCCAAACUCCACUAUGGCCAAGACCAAAGAGCUGUCAAAGGACACCAGAAACAAAAUUGUAGACCUGCACCAGGCUGGGAAGACUGAAUCUGCAAUAGGUAAGCAGCUUGGUUUGAAGAAAUCAACUGUGGGAGCAAUUAUUAGGAAAUGGAAGACAUACAAGACCACUGAUAAUCUCCCUCGAUCUGGGGCUCCACGCAAGAUCUCACCCCGUGGGGUCAAAAUGAUCACAAGAACGGUGAGCAAAAAUCCCAGAACCACACGGGGGGACCUAGUGAAUGACCUGCAGAGAGCUGGGACCAAAGUAACAAAGCCUACCAUCAGUAACACACUACGCCGCCAGGGACUCAAAUCCUGCAGUGCCAGACGUGUCCCCCUGCUUAAGCCAGUACAUGUCCAGGCCCGUCUGAAGUUUGCUAGAGUGCAUUUGGAUGAUCCAGAAGAGGAUUGGGAGAAUGUCAUAUGGUCAGAUAAAACCAAAAUAGAACUUUUUGGUAAAAACUCAACUCGUCGUUUUUGGAGUACAAAGAAUGCUGAGUUGCAUCCAGAGAACACCAUACCUACUGUGAAGCAUGGGGGUGGAAACAUCAUGCUUUGGGGCUGUUUUUCUGCAAAGGGACCAGGACGACUGAUCCGUGUAAAGGAAAGAAUGAAUGGGGCCAUGUAUCGUGAGAUUUUGAGUGAAAACCUCCUUCCAUCAGCAAGGGCAUUGAAGAUGAAACGUGGCUGGGUCUUUCCACAUUACAAUGAUCCCAAACACACCGCCCGGGCAACAAAGGAGUGGCUUCGUAAGAAGCAUUUCAAGGUCCUGGAGUGGCCUAGCCAGUCUCCAGAUCUCAACCCCAUAGAAAAUCUUUGGAGGGAGUUGAAAGUCCGUGUGAGCCCAGCGACAGCCCCAAAACAUCACUGCUCUAGAGGAGAUCUGCAUGGAGGAAUGGGCCAAAAUACCAGCAACAGUGUGUGAAAACCUUGUGAAGACUUACAGAAAACGUUUGACCUGUGUCAUUGCCAACAAAGGGUAUAUAACAAAGUAUUGAGAAACUUUUGUUAUUGACCAAAUACUUAUUUUCCACCAUAAUUUGCAAAUACAUUCAUUAAAAAUCCUACAAUGUGAUUUUCUGGAUUUUUUUCUUCUCAUUUUGUCUGUCAUAGUUGGCGUGUACCUAUGAUGAAAACUACAGGCCUCUCUCAUCUUUUUAAGUGGGAGAACUUGCACAAUUUGUGGCUGACUAAAUACUUUUUCCCCCCCACUGUAUACUACCUACCACUGUGACCUGUAUACUCUUGUUGGCUGGUCCUCACUACAUAUUCGUCGCCAAACCCACUGGCUCCAGGUCAUCUAUAAAUCACUGCUAGGUAAAUCCCCGCCUUAUCUUAGCUCAUUGGUCACCAUAGCAACACCCACCCCUAGUAUGCGCUCCAGCAGGUAUAUCUCACUGGUCAUCCCCAAAGCCAACACCUCCUUUGGCCGCCAUUCCUUCCAGUUCUCUGCUGCCAAUGACUGGAACAAACUGCAAAAAUCUCUGAAGCUGGAGACUCUUAUUUCCCUCACUAACUUUAAGCAUCAGUUGUCAGAGCACCUUACCGAUCACUGCACCUGUACACAGCCCAUCUGAAAUUAGGGGGGGGGGGUUGGAAGGAUUACUUUAUCCUAUCCCUGACACUUGAAACCCCACCUGACACUUGAAACCCCACCUCUUUAAGGAAUACCUGGGAUAGGAUAAAGUAAUCCUUCUACCCCCCUUACCCCACCCCCCCAAAAAAUAGAAAUAAAUUAAAUAAAAAAAAUUGUAAAGUGGUUAUCCCACUGGCUAUAAGGUGAAUGCACAAAUUUGUAAGUCGCUCUGGACAAGAUCGUCUGCUAAAUGACGUAAAUGUAAAUGUAAAUUUGUCAUGCAGCACUAUAGCAGGACGUCUCUCCUCCAGCCUGCCACUACUACUCUGAGUAACAAUUACUGGGCUGGAAGGAGGCUGGGGUGAAGAGCAGGAUAUGGGCUGAGGGUAGUGUUGAGCUGCCAGAUCCAUCAUGCUGUACAGUGAAUGAUCAUCAUGCCCAUGUUGUAACCCACCCACAGCUGAGGUUACCAGUACAGAGGCCAGGGUGUCAGAGGCCCUUUGAAACCUCAGUGGUGAAACACUGUAUGCCUUGGAUUCUCUCCUCAACAGCUUCCUGGUGGAAGUAUUCCAUCACUGACUAGGUUUCACAACAUGUGUUGCUCAUUAAUACCCAUAGGAAUUAGUGAUAUUUACAGUAUCCCAUUCCCGGUCAUACCUUGAAUGUGGUAUUUUCACACUUUUUUUGAAACUCCUUUAUAUGAACCUUCUAAUGUUCUGUAGGGCAAUAGGACUGAGGAAUGUAAUUAUUUGUUCAUCAGGAAAUCCCUCAAGGUUGUUGAUGUGUAGUUCAGUGAGGGAGUGGAUAUAGUGAUUUCCACCCAGAGGCUGUGGCUCCCAUGGAGCUGACUAGUGGAUGCAUCAUAUUUCAUCAUGGUCGUCAGGUGAACACACAGGCCAUUGAGACCAAGCACAACCAGCACUGGCUGCCUGGCUGAGACCCGGUCUUUGGAAAGGGCACUGUGCUGGGUUUGGGUGUCUCUCUCUCUCUCUCUCUCUCUCCCCCUCCCUUUGUCUGCCCUGCAAAUUAUUUACAGUGAGAUUCCUGUCGCUGACAAAAGGGAAGCAUUUUUUUUCAUCGUGUGUGUGUGAAAGGGAGAGAGGAAGAGAGGUUCAGAUGACAUGAUGUGGUUUGGGUUGUUGGGGCUGAAAAUAGAGCACCUGUCAGUGAGACCUGGAGGGAUAAACAGCCCCUGUGGGAUGGCCUCAGAUAUGGUGGCCCCAUCUUGUGUUGGUCAUUUGGAAUAUGAAAUGAGGUCACAUUGCUGUCAAAAUGCAGAUGAAUGGCUGUUAUGAUAAACCUGUGGCCUUCUCUCCUGUUGCAGUGUAUGGGACAUUCUGUGGCAGCCUGAAGUCCUACCCCAGAGAGGUGCACACAGACUCCAAUGAGGUCAUCGUCCAGUUCCGCAGUGGGCGUCACAUCUCGGGCCGAGGGUUCCUGUUCUCCUACUCCUCAGGGGACCACAGAGGUUUGAGCCUCUUCCUCUCUAGAUCUACACCUAAACUAAUUAUUAAAUGGUGUUUUAUGCCAAAAUAAUGAUCUUGAUAAAAAAUACACCAUUGUCUGAAUUCUACAUCUGUGUUUUCUUUGUGCGGUCCCUUGGUUGGCCUUCUCUUUCCACUGAGGACAGUCAGUGCUACUGGUUAAUCAAUCAGCUGUGCCACGACUUGCCUGUCCUGUCCUGUCCUCUCCUCUCCUUGGGGUGAACCCAGAAGGGUUGGGGCUGUUUCUACAUGCAGCGUUUUCGAACACAGCAUAGACUGCUGUAAGUCAGACCAUAUUGAAUGACAAACAAACACAGAGUGUGCUGAUCCAGGAGAUUAUAGGAGUUUACAAACUGGUUUUGCUGGAUAUGCCUGUUUCCACCGUUAUGAUGUUGUUGACCAAAACAUAAUGUAGUUGAUCGCUAAGAGCAAUGAAUGUGUGCGUUGUGUGUGUCUGUGCGUGUGUAUACAUGAAUGUUCAUCCCAGAGGGAGUGAAGGAAACAGGGUCUUCAUCCUGUUGUUGUGGUCCUUUUUGCUCCACAGGGCUGGUUUCCUCUGUCAGCUCUACCACUGGUCAGAUGGUAUUUUCUCCCCUCAUUGUCUCUCCGCUCCUCCCCUGUUUUCUCCCCUCAGAUCUGCUCACAUGUUUGGACAAAGGUAGCCAUUUCUCAGGCUUAAAAUACAGGUAAGGGUGUUUCGUAUGUAGGUGUGUGUCUCAGACAAGUCAAAUGUCAUGCUUUGAGUUCUUGAUUAACUGUAAUGGCAAUAGAUUCCUAGAUUGACUAUGGGCCUUAAUGAAAAAUAUUACCCCUUGUUACCCCACAGCUAGUCAAAGAUGGGCUUUUCAUUUCCUAAAUAUUCUGAAAUAAAUGUACAAUUUAGAUUCAAGUAUCUUAUACAAUACGUCUCCACCAAGUCCAUUUUGUCACAUUAGGGUGUAGUAAUGUUGAUAGUGUCAGCAGAGACCGUAUCUGGUGUGAAGAGAUCACUCACCACUCCACUGAACUGUGUCCAUCUGGGGAAAUUGACAGGAUGGGGCCAAUGUGUUGUCAACAAGUGUGUUCUAUUGUUGUCUACCCUCACAGGAAGUACUGUCCGGCAGGAUGCAAAGCAGUGGCAGGCGACAUAUCCGGGGACAUUUCCCAGGGUUACAGACAUGUAAGUAAAAGUCUAGUCCUCCUCUAUGGUAGCCUGCUCUCUGGCUUUUUUCCAGGUUUAUAAAGCAGACAGAAAUGCUGUUUGGUCUCUGCCUCCCCCCUGGGGAAAGUUUAAGCACAGACGUUGGUUUGCAGAGUAGGUAUUUACGAGGCAUCUAUGUGUUGUUGGAAGCCUUGGCAGCAGUUCUGUCCUAACAGGUUCUAGUCCACUGAAGCAGCCAGCCAAGCACUUGUUUGUUUACCCUUGAUGACAUUUUCCUGUCUUCUGUCAGAGGAACACAACUGUUCUGAGGCCCCACUUGGAGCAUCUCAGCCCACAGGUUCUUAAAGUAGUAGUAGGUCUGAAUGGGCCCUUGUUAGGCACAGAAACAGACACACCAAAAGCUGGAUAGGAGAAGUUGGUCCCAGGCUAACCAGUUGUUGCUGGUGCUUUUGCCUGGCUGCUGCUGUUGAACACACACACACAAACACAAAGUGGUUGUGGAGGUAUAUUGGAUGGUUAAUCUGUUUAUGUAACUGCGGUGCAUUUUUCCUCAGCAGCAGAGCUGGGUUUUGCUGUUAGGUUGCAUCACAGGUCAGCCAAACCAAAGGGGCAAGGCAACUGUAAAACCUGGUCCAGUUGUGCUUGGCUUAGGGCUCGUGUACUGUAGAAUGCUUUGGGCUCAUUACACAUAGUUAGAGCCAGAGAUUUCCACCUCUCUUUGUAAGGCUGUUUCAGUGUAAUACCUGGAAAUAGUAGCUGAUGUGUAAUACCAUAAGAUGUGUAAUACUCUGAGGUGAACAGCCAAACACACAUAUAGACUAAGCUCUUAAGAACUAAGCUCUGUGAGAAAAUUCUGGUCACUGUAUUCCCAAAAAUACUCCAGAACUGUAGUUAUAAUAGUCCUCCUCUCUAUGGGGCUCAGGAUACAUUUCAUGUGGGUCACCUGGAUGGGUCAACCCCGUGGUCCUCUGGCCCUCCUACCCUGUCCAGCCCUGCAUGGGGUUCAGUAUCUAAAAAGAAAGGGGCUUUCCAGACCAGGGUCUUUCCCGGCCUCCUGAGGUUCUGCUCUCUCUGGGGUGUGAUCAGGACUAUUGAGCAGCCGCCCACCGGCCAGGCGGUCAGUGUGACAGACAGCUCCAGGCUUAGGAAGCCCAGCAGGGAGCCACAGCCCCACAACAAUAGGUUUGAGGGAGCACAACAACAGAGAACUUCCCAACGCUCCACCGUCUGCUGGGAAGAAGGAUGGGCGUCGAGGGCUGGGGCUGCGUCCCAAAUGGCACCCUAUUCCCUUAUAUAUUUGGGAUGCAGCCUGGGAGACUGGGCCAGAGCGAUUGAUUAGUCCACGUGGGCUAUUGUAUUGAGAGGGUUUGGUGGAGGGCCUAGAUUAUGAGGAGAUGAUGCCUGUUUAUCUGUCCACUGCACCCAUUCAAUAGACACGGUCAUUAGCAUUUAGACCAAACAGUUUGAAUGUGUUCUGGGCGGUUUAUGGUAUGGCAUUAAUGUUCCUCAGAGUGUAUUUGUUAUAACCAUACAAGACAUCUAGGCAUUGUGGCUAUGUAUUUGAUACAUUGUGUAUCGGUAAUUAAUGUGGUUAUCAUACCAUAUGUCAUCAUUCAGUGUUAAUAAGCACUGUAAGUGAAUUAAUAAUUUAGCAACAUAUUUUGUUGGUUGAAAGGUCUACUUAGUUAGUGAUUAUGACCCUUGGGAACUGACAGCAGGGAAGUGAGUAACUGUUGAUGGUUCCUCUCCUACUAUGUAGCAUUUCACCCCCUGCUGCUAAGAUGGUAAAUGCUUCUCUGAAAUAGUCUGCAGAGGUAUAGAGAAUGAGGUUAACAGAGGCAGGACACAUGGCCACUCUCAGUUAGAACCAGACCGUCUUUGGCUGAGGUGUUAAAGCCAUUAUCUAGUCUGUUAUGCUCCUACUAGUAGCAGUAGCAGCAGCCUUGAACCCAGCCCUGCUCCAGCAACUGUCUGUGAUUAGUCUCUAGCCAUAACUCUGACUGGGUCCAUGAUAUCAUAUACAAACUACCAGAGCCAUCCAACUGCCCCCAUGGCUCCGUUGCGCCGGUACAGCGAAGCCGGAUUCGAACCAGACUCUGUGGCACAGCUAGCCUGCGAUGCGUGCCUUAGACCACUGCGCCCUGGGAAUCAAACUGACCAAGCUCCAUCUGCCUCCACCGCACGCAGACAGCAGGCAGAUUCAAUGUAGUUUACUGUGGUUGAGCCUGCCUCACCCUGCAGUGUAUAAUGCAGGUAUAAUAAUGAACAGUAAGGACCAGAUGGCGUUGGUCCAGAAGCGACACAGGCCGUACUGUUAACAGCAGCUUCAGCCCACCUGCCUAGGACUCCUCCUCCCCAUCAAGUUGAAUAGGUUCAGUGCUAAUAUUAUAACCUAUCUCAACAGUCCUUUCUGUAUGCUUUUUCUGAAAGGGAGAAAUGGCUGCAGGCUGAAUGUGCCGAAUAUUUUAACACUGAGCUUCACCUUGUUCGUGUUGAGAAUUAUGGUAAUUUGUGCUUUAGUUCUUUUUACAGCAUGUGAUUGACACUUUAAUUGUAAGGCAUUUCACGUUGUCUUAUGGAGGAAAUGCCUGUUUUUAUACACUUAUCCAUCAAAGAGCUCCCUUUCACCUGUCCCAGCUCUUCAUUUCAGCAGCAGGGUGGGGCAUUCUCUUGAGAGGUAGGCAUCUAGCUAUUCCAAAGGUACUGUAUGUUCUGUGACAAAGUACUGCUUUCCUAAGUAAUGAACCACCGAGAAGUAUGUUUGACAUUCCUCCUAUAGCUGCAAUUACUGUAAUUGUCGCCCCUGAAUGCAAUCACAAUGUGCCUUUUUUUCCACGUUUAAGUUAAGUGUGGUGUGAUUGAGAAUGCAUGGGGCUUAUAGUAGAUUAGCAUCUACUGCGGCUCCAUAUCAUGAGAUUGCCUCUUUAAUUUGGGAUGAGAUGCCUGUGCUCACACUGCUGACACAGAUGAAUGACGGGGAGCUGCAUUGCUCUCCUAUGGGCCAUUCCAUGUUAAAGGGAACCUCAGACAUGAGAGGAAUGGUGCACUGGACUGCAAAGAUGCACUGAUGGAAGCAGUAGUCCAAGCUCAUUCACUUUUGUUGCAAGUCCAGGUUUUAUGUAUGUAUUUUGUGGCCCACACUCUCUUGGUGAAAUGUUUUUUUGCCAGACCUGGUGCGUCUGAAUGGUAGCACCACACACAGUUUGGCUAUCUCAGGCUCAGACUUCCAUUACAAGAGUGUCCGGAGUUUUACACUUCUCCCACCUUCUCUGUGUUUAGCCCUGGUUGUUAUCUGAGCUGUGUCUGUCUGUGUAAUAGUAUAUCUGUCUCUUGUUUCAGACCUCUAUGAUGGGUCUGUCUGUCUCUAAUAUCAGAUAUUUCUCUGUGGUUUCAGACCUCAGUUCUGUAUGUCUAAUAUAUGAUAUCUCUCUGUUGUUUCAGACAUCUGUGUUGUGUAAGGCCGCCGUCCAUGCAGGGGUUAUCCUGGAUGAGUUAGGAGGAUGGGUAUCCGUGGAGACCCACAAAGGCCUGAGUCACUACCCCGCCACCAGAGCCAAUGGGAUCCAGUCCAAAGAGUGAGUACUGGGGAAUGACAUGCCAUGAUUCAGAGGAUGGGCAGUACAACAGCAGUAGACUUGAAUGUUAGGCAUCACAUGUUGCCCUUCACAGCACUAUAGGUUUCUGUAAGCAUAGGUACCAAUUGGUGUCUACAAACAUUAGCCACUGGCAUGAUUUGAUCUUUUUAACAGUCCUAAGAGGAGCAUAAACCUGCAUGAAGGGACACCUCAUGUUCUUUGUGUCAUCUCUGCUUCGAGUAUUAAAUAAAUGUCCGCUGCCCCUGGCCUUGGCUAGUUCACAUAGGUGGAAACAGGAUUUAUCAGGCAGGGCUAGCGGGCUAGCAUUCCUGCACUGUUUCAAUGAUAGAUUAGCCAGCUACUCGCAAAUGUCAGAGACACUCAGUCUAUUGCCCAUGGCAAUCAUAGAGAUUUAGGAUGGAGGUCUGAGGUCUGAGGUGGGGGAAGAGAGAAAAAUAGUGUCCAUCAGUCAUUAUUGACUGCAGCGUGUAGUCGUAUAGUCAGUUUUUAUACAUGUAACACAGUGAUGCAUCUCUAAUAUUAUGACAACAGGGUGAAGGCAAAGGGGCUUGAAAUAAUUUGAUUUGAGUCUUAAAGAAAUGGCCAUCACUCAAGCUGUCCCUAAUAUUCAGUGGGGGAUGGAGGAUUUUGUCAUUUAGAAGUAAUGCAUGCAAACCUAACGUGAUAAGUCGUGCAUAUCAAAUAAGCUUCAGAGCCCCUAAGCCUAGCUAUGUGAAUGCAUUGAAGCAAUGAUGGCAAAUCAAAUUGUGACAUUUUUAAAUGUAUGGGUUCGGUUUUCACAAAUUACCCAGUAUUGAUUUGCCCUCUACACAUAUUGAGCACUGCACAUCAAUCAAUCACUUUCUAAAUGUGUAAAUGUAAACUCCUAUUAUGUGUAGCAAAUAAAUCUUAAUUGUACCAGUACAUAAACCUUUUGUCCUACUGAACCUGUAUAUUAACAUAUUGUACACUGACAUUUCUUUAUAGCCAUGUAACAACAUUAUAUGAGCUUUGCUAACAGAUUAUAUACAAAGGAAACAUGCAUGGGGUCUUUAGACAUUUGCUUCAUUGCAUUCAAUGGCUAAACAUGCACUGCUGAAUUGAAUAUGUUCAGUAUCGUUCUCUGGCUCCUAGACCUUGAGGAUUUGUGGAUUUCUCUUGAAAAGUGCUGUGUCACCAAAUCUGCAUGAAGCAUAGUGCUCUGUUGUAAAUGUACAACCCCAGCCUAAUACAAGUCUAAUUCUCCAAAUACUUGGCCUUUGCUGAAGGGGAUGAAUACUUGGGUUGUGUUAGAACAUGAACUUAACAAACACUCCCAACGGUAUGUAUAAAAUAUUCAGUUGUACAACUGACUAGGUAUCCCCCUUGCCCUAAUUUCCCUAAAAUGCAGGAAGGACUGGAUGCUGUUAAGCCGUUGUGAUAAGACAAGUUUGACUUAACUUUACUUCCUCACUGGAUUCUGCUGGAUUUAGACAUGAAAAAUGUGGAAGGAAAAUAUUUACUCUGACAAGACCAAUGCCCAUCCCUUUCUCUCAAUCAACCACAGCCCCAUGCUUCCCACUCUCAGGAUGGCUGACAGUGAUGAUAUAACACUGCCCUGAGACAGUUUCUGUCCAAUUUGGAAGAAAGGAUCAAUAUCUUGUUUGAUAAUGACUUUCUGUUAUUGGAAAUGGAUCAGCUCAAACCAAGAUGGACACCUGUGUAUGUUUGUAUCCAUGUUGUAGCAGGAUCCGUUUCUUUUUGACUGUUAGAUAGUAGAUCAUUUUGACACUCCCAAGUGCAGGUGAAAGUCAGUACCCACAUUAAAGCGUUUGAUCUUUUGUACUUUGACACACCUCUCUUAUCUUCCAUAAAUAUAAUUUAACCACCUCGUCUGCUUUUCUGAACUGUUCAAAGAUAAAGACAUCAGAUCCAGGAAGCUGGUGAAAAUUAGAGAUUGUUGAGUGAUGACGGAGAAAUAUACAAUUCUCCCAACUAGCCCCCUUUAAUUAACACCAACCCUGGGGUCUUAAUGUGUUCAGGUUUAUCCCCCAGCUAUAGGCCACUAGGAGAGAAGAGACUACACAGGGGAGGGCAGGGGAAACAAAGCGCAGGGUCCUUGUGAAGGCUGAUUUGGGAAGAGAACGGGGAGGGGUGACAAUCUGGUGAUGCUCCUUUGUGGCCACAAUGGGUGUUCCUCCACAAUGGCAGGCCCUCAAUCUAUCACUGUAAUUGUAAUCAUUGAAGCUAACGGCCCAACAUUGAUGGAUAUAAUUUUUCUUCUUCCAGCGGCUCUUUGUCCGACGCUCUCUUCACGUUCGUCACUAAUGGUAAGAUUUUUUUUUUGUUCUCUUUCUCUACUGAUUUUAUGCUCUUAAAUAUUUAUUUCUCAAACUACAGUUUCUUAGGCCAUUGUUUUUAUCACAUAAGAAAAUGUGCUGCAUUUUCACCAGGAAGGAAUGUAUCAAAGCCUUCCAGUUACAAAAUGAAACAUUUUAUGCCAGCAUUUCUGAUGAUUUGCUGAUAGUUGUUGAAAAAGGUAGUAAUUCGCAGUCAAACGGGGUAAAAUAUCUGGUUUGGAAAAUGAAAGUUAGUGUAGUCUCACCUUAUCUUGGUGUGAAGAGUGGGAACCCUGUAUCUCCUGUCUGUGUGAUAUUUUCAUACAGCUGUUUGCAGUCUGGCACAGUUUCAUCCAGUCAGUCAGCUACAGUGAGGGGGAAAGGUAUUUGAUCCCCUGCUGAUUUUGUACGUUUGUGUCAUGAGAAUUUCUAUCUCUAAUUCAACCUAAGCUUGAAUCAUUACCAGGGGUUGUAAGGCUCUGGUUUUAAUCAUAAAUGAUUCAAGGUCCACAACCAGCAAGAAUGAUCUGUGUUUUUAAUCAUGGAGAGCUCUGGCGCCAAAACCCAUACACUCCUGUUUUAUACCCCUUGACACACAAAGGCACUUUGCUCCGCCCACCUUUAGGAGGCUUUUUUUAACCAGUUUUCUCAGUCCCCUUCACCCUGGAAUGUUUAGUCCCGCCCCCCUCUGUUAGUAGGUUGACACUACAUUAUAACUCUAACACCGUUCACACAUUUAUACUGUAUUUGGGGUGAAAUCCUUUAGUCAUUAUUCUUAAAAUACAAAUUAAUCUAUCAGUUUGCCCCCUGACAAAGACAUAAUCAGUAUAUACUUUUAAUGGUAGGUUUAUUUGAACAGUGAGAUACAGAAUAACAACAAAAAAAUCCAGAAAGUUUGGUUUUCGCCAGGCAUUACUGGAACCAUGUCGUCCAAAAAGUUCUACUUUUGAAUCAUCUGUCCAUAGAACAUUCUUCCAAGAGUCUUGAUGAUCAUCCAGGUGCUUUUUGGCAAACUUGAGUCAACUUUUUGGACGAGAUGGGUCCCAUUAUGCCUGGCGAAAACCAAACACUGCAUUCCACAGAACAUCAUACCAAAGGUCAAGCAUGGUGGUGGUGUUGUGAUGGUUUGGGGAUGCUUUGCUGCCUCAGGACCUGGACGACUUGCCUUAAUAGAAGGAACCAUGAAUUCUGCUCUGUAUCAGAGAAUUCUACAGGAGAAUGUCAGACCAUCCGUCUGUGAGCUGAAGCUGAAGCGCAGCUGGGUCAUGCAGCAAGACAAUGAUCCAAAACACACAAUCAAGUCUACAUGAAAAUUGCUAAAAAAGCAACAAAUUGGAAGUUUUGGAAUGGCCUAGUCAAAGUCCAGACCUAAUCCCAAUUGAGAUGUUGUGGCAGGACUUGAAACGAGCAGUUCAUGCUUGAAAACCCACACGUCACAGGUAUAUCUCACUGGUCAUCCCCAAAGCCAACACCUCCUUUGGCCGCCAUUCCUUCCAGUUCUCUGCUGCCAAUGACUGGAACAAAUUGCAAAAAUCUCUGAAGCUGGAGACACUUAUCUCCCUCACUAACUUUAAGCAUCAGUUGUCAGAGCACCUUACCGAUCACUGCACCUGUACACAGCCCAUCUGAAAUUAGCCCGCCCAACUACCUCAUCCCUAUAUUGUUAUUUAUUUUGCUCAUUUGUACCCCAGUAUCUCUAUUUGCACAUCAUCUCUUGCACAUCUAGCAUUCCAGUGUUAAUACUAAUUGUAAUUAUUUUGCACUAUAGCCUAUUUAUUGCCUUAACCUCCAUAACUUGCUACAUUUGCACACACUGUAUAUAUAUUUUUUUCUGUUGUAUUUUUGACUUUGUUUUGUUUUACCCCAUAUGUAACUCUGUGUUGUUGUUUUUAUCGCACUGCUUUGCUUUAUCUUGGCCAGGUCGCAGUUGUAAAUGAGAACUUGUUCUCAACUGGCUUACCUGGUUAAAUAAAGGUUAAAUAAAAAAAAAAUAAAAAGCAGUUCUGCAUGGAAGAGUGGGCCCAAAAUUCCUCCACAGCCACGUGAGAGACUGAUCAACAACUACAGGAAGCAUUUGGUUGGAGUCAUUGCAGCUAAAAGUGGCACAACCAGUUAUUGAGUGUAAGGGGGCAAUUACUUUUUCACACAGGGGAAUUGGGUGUUGCAUAACUUUGUUUAUGAAAUAAAUAUGUAAUUGUUGUGGUAUUUGUUCACUUAUGUUCCCUUUAUCUAAUAUUAGGUUUUGGUUGAAGAUCUGAUAACAUUCAGUAUCACAAAUAUGCAAAAGUAGAGAAAGUUAGAAAGGGGGCAAAUACUUUUUCAUAGCACUGUAUAUCACAGGCAGGCAGGCAGGCAGGCCUCCUGGGAACGCUCACAAAUCAACUGUUGGUGUUACAGUACAGAUGUGUUCAGACACGUGACGGUACAACAGCUACAGUGCCUUCGGAAAGAAUUCCGACCCCUUGAAUUUUUCCACAUUUUGUUAGGUUACAGCCUUAUUCUAAAAUUGAUUAAAUUGUUUUUUUUCCCCCUCAUCAAUCUACACACAAUACCCCAUAAUGACAAAGCAAAAAACGGAAAUAUCCAAUUUACAUAAGUAUUCAGAUCCUUUACUCAAUACUUUGUUGAAGCACCUUUGGCAGCGAUUACAGUCUCAAGUCUUCUUGGAUAUGAUGCUACAAGCUUGGCACACCUGUAUUUGGGGAGUUUCUCCCAUUCUUCUCUGCAGAUCCUCUCAAGCUCUGUCAGGUUGGAUGGGGAGCGUUGCUGCACAGCUAUUUUCAGGUCUCCAGAGAUGUUCGAUCGGGUUUAAGUCCGGGCUCUGGCUGGGCCACUCAAGGACAUUCAGAGACUUGUCCCGAAGCCACUCCUGCAUUGUCUUGACUGUGUGCUUAGGGUUGUUGUCCAGUUGGAAGGUGAACCUUCGCCCCAGUCUGAGGUCCUGAGCGCUCUGGAGCAGGUUUUCAUCAAGUAUCUCUCUGUAAUUUGCUCCGUUAAUAUUUGCCUCGAUUGUGACUAGUCUCCCAGUCCCUGCCGCUGAAAAACAUCCCCACAGCAUGAUGCUGCCACCACCAUGCUUCACUGUAGGGAUGGUGCCACGUUUCCUCCAGACGUGACGCUUGGCAUUCAGGCCAAAGAGUUCAAUCUUGGUUUCAUCAGACCAGAGAAUCUUGUUUCUCAUGGUCUGAGAGUCUUUAGGUACCUUUUGGCAAACUCCAAGCGGGCUGAGGAGUGGCUUCCGUCUCCCGCUCUACCAUAAAGGCCUGAUUGGUGGAGUGCUGCAGAGAUGGUUGUCCUUCUGGAAGGUUCUCCCAUCUCCACAGAGGGACUCUAGAGCUCUGUCAGAGUGACCUUCGGGUUCUUGGUCACCUCCCUGACUAAGGCCCUUCUCCCCCGAUUGCUCAGUUUCGCCAGGCGGCCAGCUCUAGGAAGAGUCUUGGUGGUUCCAAACUUCUUCCAUUUAAGAAUGAUGGAGGCCACUGUGUUCUUGGGGACCUUCAAUGCUGCAGAAAUGUUUUGGUACCCUUCCCAAGAUCUGUGCCUGGACACAAUCCUGUCUCAGAGCUCUACGGACAAUUCCUUCGACCUCAUGGCUUGGUUUUUGCUCUGACAUGCACUGUCAACUGUGGGACCUUUAUAUAGACAGGUGUGUGCCUUUCCAAAUCAUGUCCAAUCAAUUGAAUUUACCACAGGUGGACUCCAAUCAAGUUGUAGAAAAAUCUCAAGGAUGAUCAAUGGAAACAGGAUGCACAUGAGCUCAAUUUUGAGUCUCAUAGCAAAGGGUCUGAAUACUUUGCAAACAUUUCUAAAAACCUGUUUUCGCAUUAUGGGGUAUUGUGUGUAGAUUGCUGAGGAAAUUAUUUUAUUUCAUCAAUUUUAGAAUAAGGCUGUAACGUAACAAAAUGUGGAAAAAGUCAACGGGUCUGAAUACUUUCCGAAGGCACUGUAUGUCAGAAGACAGACUGCACUUAUUAGGCUUAUUUACGCUCAGUUACUCUGGACAACAAAUUUCUAAGAACUUGUGAUGUAAAAUGUGUCUCGUUCCCAAUUUACAGUUGUCAUGUUUCUUGCAGGCACUUUCACAUAGGCCUUAUGUGGUAAAUGUUUUAGCUCAAAGGGACUGCUCUCUCUAAAAGAUCAAUAAUUGCACGAAGAGAUCUUUGCUCUCCGAUCAACUCGGACAUCAUCAAUGCUCACAUGACAAAUUGAUAAAUGUCCUGACAUUGACAAAUGAUGCCAUGACAUGUCUGACAUACAGUGAGGGAAAAAAGUAUUUGAAAUCUCAGAGCAAAUGGCUCUGAGAUACGAAUAGUAAGAUCAUACACGUAACGUUAGCUAGCGAGCCAGCCAGCUAACAUUAGCUAGCUACAGUGAGGGAAAAAAGUAUUUGAUCCCCUGCUGAUUUUUGUACAUUUGCCCACUGACAAAGACAUGAUCAAUCUAUAAUUUUAAUGGUAGGUUUAUUUGAACAGUGAGAGACAGAAUAACAACAAAAAAAUCCAGAAAAACGCAUGUCAAAAAUGUAAUAAUUUGAUUUGCAUUUUAAUGAGGGAAAUAAGUAUUUGACCCCUCUGCAAAACAUGACUUAGUACUUGGUGGCAAAACCCUUGUUGGCAAUCACAGAGGUCAGACGUUUCUUGUAGUUGGCCAUCAGGUUUGCACACAUCUCAGGAGGGAUUUUGUCCCACUCCUCUUUCCAGAUCUUCUCCAAGUCAUUAAGGUUUUGAGGCUGACGUUUGGCAACUCGAACCUUCAGCUCCCUCCACAGAUUUUCUAUGGGAUUAAGGUCUGGAGACUGGCUAGGCCACUCCAGGACCUUAAUGUGCUUCUUCUUGAGCCACUCCUUUGUUGCCUUGGCCGUGUGUUUUGGGUCAUUGUCAUGCUGGAAUACCCAUCCACGACCCAUUUUCAAUUCCCUGGCUGAGGGAAGGAGGUUUUCACUCAAGAUUUGACGGUACAUGGCCCCGUCCAUCGUCCCUUUGAUGCGGUGAAGUUGUCCUGUCCCCUUAGCAUAAAAACACCACCAAAGCAUAAUGUUUCCACCUCCAUGUUUGACGGUGGGGAUGGUGUUCUUGGGGUCAUAGGCAGCAUUCCUCCUCCUCCAAACACGGCGAGUUGAGUUGAUGCCAAAGAGCUCGAUUUUGGUCUCAUCUGACCACAACACUUUCACCCAGUUCUCCUCUGAAUCAUUCAGAUGUUCGUUGGCAAACUUCAGACGGGCCUGUAUAUGUGCUUUCUUGAGCAGGGGGACCUUGCGGGCACUGCAAGAUUUCAGUCCUUCACGGCGUAGUGUGUUACCAAUUGUUUUCUUGGUGACUAUGGUCCCAGCUGCCUUGAGAUCAUUGACAAGAUCCUCCCGUGUAGUUCUGGGCUGAUUCCUCACCGUUCUCAUGAUCAUUGCAACUCCACGAGGUGAGAUCUUGCAUGGAGCCCCAGGCCGAGGGAGAUUGACAGUUAUUUUGUGUUUCUUCCAUUUGCGAAUAAUCGCACCAACUGUUGUCACCUUCUCACCAAGCUGUUUGGCGAUGGUCUUGUAGCCCAUUCCAGCCUUGUGUAGGUCUACAAUCUUGUCCCUGACAUCCUUGGAGAGCUCUUUGGUAUUGGCCAUGGUGGAGAGUUUGGAAUCUGAUUGAUUGAUUGCUUCUGUGGACAGGUGUCUUUUAUACAGGUAACAAGCUGAGAUUAGGAGCACUCCCUUUAAGAGUGUGCUCCUAAUCUCAGCUCAUUACCUGUAUAAAAGACACCUGGGAGCCAGAAAUCUUUCUGAUUGAGAGGGGGUCAAAUACUUAUUUCCCUCAUUAAAAUGCAAAUGAAUUUAUAACAUUUUUGACAUGGGUUUUUCAGGAUUUUUUUUGUUGUUAUUCUGUCUCUCACUGUUCAAAUAAACCUACCAUUACAAUUAUAGACUGAUCAUUUCUUUGUCAGUGGGCAAACGUACAAAAUCAGCAGGGGAUCAAAUACUUUUUUCCCUCACUGUAUAUGUUCCCUAGUCUGGACUCUUCAUGACCUCAUCAACACUGUUGAUGUCCUGCACUUUAAAUAAGACUAGCUCCUUAUUGACUUUCCUCAAUGCUCCUCUCUCUCAUUAUGUUGGAAUGGUGAGGAGGACAAGAGUCAUAGCUUCUUUACAUAGGGUUUUAGUUAGUUGCGGAGUUGACGGGUUUAGUCAGACUAGUUGCUCCUGUGACUGUUCUGACAGGAUGUCUCCUGUGGGGACGACGUCGUCGAUGCAAUUAUGAAUGAAGCCGGUGACUGAUGUGGUAAACUCCUCAGUGCCAUCGGAUGAGUCCCGGAACAUAUUCCAGUCUGUGCUAGCGCAACAGUCCUGUAGCUUAGCAUCCGCUUCAUCUGACCACUUCCGUAUUGAGCGAGUCACUGGUACUUCCUGUUUUGAGUUUUUGCUUGUAAGCAGGAAUCAGGAGAAUAAAAUUAUGGUCAGAUUUGCCAGAUGGAGGGUGAAGGAGAGCUUUAUAUGCGUCUCUGCGUGUGGCGUAAUGGUGAUCUAGAGUUUCUUCGCCUCUAGUUGCACAGGUGACAUGCUGGUAAAAAUUAUUUCAGUUUUCCUGCAUUAAAAUCACCGGCCACUAGGAGCGACGCCUCUUGAUGAGCAUUUUCUUGUUUGCUUAUGGCCGUAUACAGCUAGUUGAGUGCGGUCUUAGUGCCAGCAUCGGUUUGUGGUGGUAUAUAAACAACUACGGAAAAUAUGGAUGAAAACUCUCUUGGUGAAUAGUAUGGUUUACAGCCUAUUAUGAGGUAUUCUAACUAAGGCGAGCAGAACCUCAAGACUUCCUUAAUUUUAGAGAUCACGCACUAGCUGUUGUUAACAAAGAGACACACACCACCCCCCUUGAGCUUACCCAACGCUGCCGUUCUGUCCUGCCGAUGCAUAGAAAAAAACUGCUAGAAUAUUAUCCAUGUCCUUGUUCAGCCAAGUUUCCGAGAAACAUAGUAUAUUACAGUUCUUCAGGUACCAUUGAUAGGAUAGUCUCGAACAGAGCUCGUCCAGUUUGUUCUCCAGUGAUUAUGCAUUCGCCAAUAGAACAGAGGGUAGAGGCGGAUUAUUUACUCUCUGCCGUAGUUUCAUCAGGUCUGCCUCUGUCGCCGUCUCUUUCUCUUCCGAGUGUUGGGGAUUAGGGCCUGGUCCGCCAACUCAUUGAAGUAGAAAUCUUCAUCCAAAUUGAGUUUAGUGAUUGCUGUUCUGAUGUCCAGAAGCUCAUUCCGGUCAUAGGAAACGAUGGUGGAAACAUUAUGUACAAAAUAAAGUUACGAUCAGUGCAAAAGAACACACAUUGACUCUGUACCGGUGCCCCCUGUAUAUAGCCUCGCUACUGUUAUUUUACUGCUACUCUUUAAUUAUUUUUUUAUUUUAUUUUUUAGUUAUCUAUUUUUUACUUAACACUUAUUUUUCUUAAAACUGCAUUGUUGGUUAAGGGCUUGUAAGUAAGCAUUUCACUGUAAGGUCUACACCAGUUGUAUUCGCCGCAUGUGACAAAUAGCCUUUGAUUUGAAUAGCAGAAUUGGUCAGGAGCCCAUAAAAUGUCCUCUAUACAUUCCAGCGCCAUUCCAAGUAUACAUUAUUUCCCCUUUAAGAGUACAGAUGCUGAUUUUUAAGACAUGUACGUUUCCUGUGGAGUCAAUGCUCACCAUAAGUGGUUGAGUUAUUGAUUCCAGAUGCGUUUUAUUAUGUUAAUCAAAUGCUAGUGUAAAGUCGAGAAACAAUAUACAGUCCCCCUCCUUGAUGUUGUUAGAAUUCGUUUUGAAACGUCAUUACUUAUAAUUCAUGUUAAACCAGAAAAACAAAAACAAGCAGUAAUGUUGAGGGGGAAACAGAGGAAGUAGUGGGAAUAUUUUGGUUCAGUUUUAUUCAGUUAGAGCAGCAGAAUUUUUGUUAUUUACUUUUUCCUCUUCUGUUGUUGUUUUCUAGACUGUAAGAACCAGUCAGUGUUGCGGCAUGUGUCUGUGAGUUCUAGUUCACAGUCUGACUGGGCGCCCAACAGCUCCCAGGCUGACCCAGGAUCAAGGGGCUGCUCCUGGGCUGCAGACCAGAACGACAGCCUGCAGUGGCUCCAGCUGGACCUGGGGGAGAAGAAAAGGAUCACAGGUGAGAUAAGAGUCCUACUCAGAGGAACCUGCUCUCAAACAUGAUGCAUCCAAAACUCCUCUCUACCUGACUCUAACAAUAGAAGCUAAGUAGCACUCUGACUUUUUCUUCAGGCUUAUUCAUUUAUUUGGAUCCCCAUAUUGUCUCCACACUAUAUAGGGCAUGUCCGGCUUGCCCUACAUACAGUGCCUUCAGAAAGUAUUCACACCCCUUGACUUUAUCCUGAUUUUGUUGUGUUACAGCCUGAAUUUAAAAUGGAUUAAAUUGAGAUUAUUUUGGUCACUGGCCUACACGCAAUACCCCGUAAUGUCAAAGUGGAAUAAUGUUUUUCGAAAUGUUUACAAAUUCAUUAAAAAUGAAAAGCUGAAAUGUCUUGCAUCAAUAAAUAUUCAACCCCUUUGUCAUGGCAAGCCUAAAUAAGUUUAGGAGUAAAAACUUGCUUAACAAGUCACAUAUUAAGUUGCAUGGACUCACUCUGUGUGCCACACAUACAAUUAUCUGUAAGUUCCCUCAGUCGAGCAAUGAAUUUCAAACAUAGAUUGAACCACAAAGACCAGGGAGGUUUUCCAAUGCCUCGCAAAAAAGGGCACCUAUUGGAAGAUAGGUAAAAAAUUAAAAAGCAGACAUUGAAUAUCCGUUUGAGCAUGGUGAAGUUAUUAAUUACACUUUGCAUGGUGUGUCAAUACACCCAAUCACUACAAAGAUGCAGGUGUCCUUCCUUAGUCAGUUGCCAGAGAGGAAGGAAACCGCUCAGGGAUUUCACCAUGAGGCCAAUGGUGACUUCAAAACAGUUACGGAGUUUAAUGGCUGUGAUAGGAGAAAACUGAGGAAGGAUCAACAACAUUGUAGUUACUCCACAAUACUAACCUAAUUGACUGAGUGAAAAGAAGAAAGCCUGUACAGAAUAAAAAUAUUCCAAAACAUUAAUCCUGUUUGCAACAAGGCACUAAAGUAAAACUGCAUAAAAUGUGGCAAAGCAAUUAACUUUUUGUCCUGAAUACAAAGUGUUAUGUUUGGGGCAAAUCCAAUACAAUGCAUUACUGAGUACCACUCUCCAUAUUUUCAAGCAUACUGGUGGCUGCAUCAUGUUAUGAGUAUGCUUGUAAUCGUUAAGGACUGGGGAGUUUUUCAGGAUAAAAAAUAAACGGAAUGGAGCUAAGCACAGGCAAAAUCUUAGAGGAAAACCUGGUUCAGUCUGCUUUCCACCAGACAUUGGGAGAUGAAUUUACCUUUCAGCAGGACAAUAACCUAAAACACAAGGCCAAAUCUACACUGGAGUUGCUUACCAAGAUGACAGUGAAUGUUCAUGAGUGGCCGAGUUACAGUUUUUCCUUAAAUCUGCUUGAAAAUCUAUGGCAAGACCUGCAAAUGGUUUUCUAGAAGUGAGCAACAAGCAAUUUGACUGAGCUUGAAGAAUUUUGAAAACACAACAAAAUGUGGGGUAUGAAUACUUUCUGAAGGCACAGUACCUUUAGGUUACCAGGCUAAGCUUAUUUUAUGGUGUUUUUCACAUCUGGAAUUUUGAGAUUUGGUUGUAGCCUACUGGUACAGAUUUCCAUUGUUGCCAAUCUCUCUCUCCUGAUAAAUGGCAAUCCCUUCUUACUUGGCCUGCUCAAUGCUCAGCAUACUGUUAACAUUACAGUUAACUGUAAUAAAGUAGGAGCCUUGGCAUUCUUGGCCAAGUCUUAUAGGAGCAAUGGCAAUUUCCUCCCCCCGUGGCAUCAAUUAAAAACAGGCAUUUAGAUUUAACCCUCUCCUGCCUGGCUGCUUCCCCCCCUUUCAUAGCCCUCUGUAGAGGAUGGUAAUAGGAUUAAGGCUCAACAUGUACGUACACACACACAUCUGUCGGAAAAAGCUGAGAAGGGAUAGAAUGAGAUCUGAUCCAGGGUGUUGUUUAGAGGGGGUAAUUACCCUUAUAAAUGGGCCUUUCUUUUGAUUUAACUCUGGAGGGCUCACCACUGCAAAACCGUAGCACAUGUGUACACACGCGGACACACACACAGGCGCACACACACACACACACACACACACACACACACACACACACACACACACACACACACACACACACAGCAUUAGACCAGUAAUCUAAUGUAUUAGACCAGUUCUCAGUAAUGCAUGGAGGGAGAGAAUGCCCCUCUGUAUUGCUCCUCCACAAACAAGAAAGUGACUUACAAAGGCCUGUUUAAAUAUAAGACCAUGCCGGACGCAAUAGUUUAUUUUGAGUGUGGUGUGUGUAGUCAGCAAGUCCCAAGUUAAUUUCAUGCUGUUUUACAACACAUUGGGUUCCAGUCAAUGAAGAAUGUCUAGCUUUGUCUGCCGGUUCGGAAAUCCAGAGUUAAGGGGAACAUCGUUUUGAUUGGAAUGCAGUUCCAUGAAAAUGGAAGCACUGUUGUCGUAUAAUUGUUGUUGUGCAACAAUCGUAAGACUCUAUAGCCUGAAGAAUACAACCCUUUCUUUCCUUAAGGAUCAUGCCUUUCUGAUACUCAUGUUAUGAUACUCACAGAUUUGAUUUCUGUUGUUGUCGGUGUCAACAAUUGUGCAUUGGAAACCCUUGUUGCUCUUUAUGCAACAAAAGUACAUUUUAGCCAUGAAACCAACAAAUACCUUGAGAGUCUGCCAUUCUGUAUUUGAAAUAUGACAGUCAGUUCCUAUAAUGAUAGGUUGCACUGCGUCUCCAUAUGAACCACAAUGCCCUGUGUAAUGUGGAGUAAUGACAUGUUGCUGGUCGUCCGUCUGCCGCCAUAUUGUUCUGGCCCCGUGUCAGGCGCUCCUCUGCCACAAAAAUGCUCAUCAUGGCUGUCUGGGAGCUGCAAAUGUCUGGGAGGGUUUCCCCUUGGUGGUGCAGUGACUGUUCUGCUCUCUGAGGUGAUGUCUCCUGUCCCUGUUCCAGCACAUUCCAGGGCUGACCAACGGGUGAACAAUAGAAAGUGAGAUUUGGAGUUUUUACAUUCUCUAUUUUUUGUUUUACAGGGAUUAUCACGACUGGCUCUACUAUGUUGGACUAUCACUACUAUGUGAGAAGCUUCAAGAUAGUUCACAAGGAAAGGAGUCGGUGGAGGACGUACACACAGAACAACAGCACACAAUACAUGGUGAGUACUCCAAAUCCAAUUAUCGAAUAUCUGACUCCAAUAUUGAAUUGCCUGAUCAUGGAACAAAUAGACAUUUUGGUAGAUGUUAUUGGCCAACAAAAUACAUUCCUUUGUAUUAUCGUGUGACAAUAGGCCUUUCUUUAUAUGUAAUCAAUGUGUUGUGUUGCUAAUGAAUUACAAAAAUGCAUGUCAUCAAUUAAACCCAGCGACCCCCUCCCCUCUCUCCCUUCCUCCCUGUCAGAUAUUUGAGGGGAACCAGGACAGUCUGCAUCAGACCAGGAACACCUUCCACCCUCCAAUCAUAGCCCGCUACCUGCGGAUCAUCCCUCAAACCUGGCACCAGAGGAUCGCCAUGAGGGUAGAGCUGCUGGGCUGCACCCAUCUCCGAGGUACACAUCCUAACCCUAACCCCAAUCUCCGAGGUACACAUCCUAACCCUAACCCCCAUCUCAGAGGUACACAUCCUAACCCUAACCCCCAUCUCCGAGGUACACAUUCUAACCCUAACCCCCAUCUCAGAGGUACACAUCCUAACCCUAAUACCCAUGUCAGAGGUAUACUGUACACCCUAACCCCCACGUCAGAGGUACUCAUCCUAACCCCCAUGUCAGAGGUACUCAUCCUAACCCCCAUGUCAGAGGUACUCAUCCUAACCCUAACCCCAAUGUCAUAGGUACUCAUCCUAACCCUAACCCCCAUGUCAGAGGUACUCAUCCUAACCCCCAUGUCAGAGGUACUCAUCCUAACCCUCAUGUCAGAGGUACUCUUCCUAACCACCAUGUCAGAGGUACUCAUCCUAACCACCAUGUCCAGACCACAGUACUGAGUGGGUGGGUCUGGCUACAAUACCAGAUAGUAUUAUCAGUGAGUUAGUAGAUAGUGAUUGAUGACUGCAUGUAGAUAAUCCUUCUGAGACGACGAUUAUGAAACAUAGUAUCAUAUUAGAAAACUACUGAUCUGUUGUUUUACAGUACAUUACAAUAAAGUGGGGAAGUAAGUUAGUUCUGUUAUUUUGGUUUUGGGCUGUAUCAAGUUUUUGUCACACCUGCUCACAGCUAAACCCCCCCUCUUUCUCGCUCUCUCUCUUCCUCUUCUCUCCCUCUCUCUCCUCAGUGAACUUGUCGUCCCAGGUCUCCCUGGAGACAUUACCCACCAAACCCAAGCCUCCGGUGGUGGACGAAGAGAUCACUGAGCCGGUGCCCUCCCAGGCAGACCUAGGUACCCAUCUCAUUAAAACACUGCUUUAACCAGCCUGCAUUAACCAUCCACCAGAAUCCUUCUGUUUGUUUAUGUAAUAGCUGGCUAACAUGCUCGGUCCUCUCAUCUCUAUUCUCAGUGAAGCUGGCCAUCAUCAUCGUACCCACAGUCUUAUCUGUGGUGCUCCUGCUGAUUGGGAUAUGUGUAGUCAAGAUGCUACAGAAGUAAGCGACUCGUUCAUGUCAUUUGAAUAGAUAAUGUCAUGUUUUUAGAGACCGUAAUGUAAGGUUGUGUAAGGAGAGCUUGCACCUUCUUAACUCGUGCGUUUCCUGUCCCCAUGACAACAUGACCGACAAACUCAGAUUAGCCUGAUCUUAUACGUGCCCAUAGCAGCGGGUUAUAUCUAUCGUGUGCUUACUCCCUAGAGUAUGUCUGUUACGUAUGUGUGGGAGAUGUUAUCUGUCUGCCUAUGUGUCUGUGUCAGUAUGCAUGAGAGGUAGAUGUUUUCAGGAAAAGAGAGAGUGAAAGAGAAGAAAUAGAUUAGAGUGAGGGAUAGAUACAUUAUAUACUGUAGGACAAUGAGGGUCAGGGAGAUUCUUAGAACGGUCCUUCGGAAUGGCUGCCUGUCUGUUGCUCAGAUAACAUAACGAGCCAGACCUGACCAACACAACCACAGUCGUCAGUGACAGAACACUGGAGGAGGAUACACACCACACGUACCAUGAAUCUCUUUAAUACCAGCCUUCAUUGUCUUUGGUUAUUAUUUACCUUUAUUUCAACAGGGAAGUCAUAUUGAGACUAAAGUCUCUUUUGCAAAUGAGCCCUGCACAAUACAAAAAAGAAAUCAUCAAUAGGCAAGUAUAGAUAAACAUAAAUAUACACAUUAAAUACACAUUAAGAUACAAAACACAGUCAAUUAAAACAAACAUAUUCUUCAUUAUAAAAAUCCUCUGUCAGCUGUCUGAAUUGCCCUAGGGACACCAAAGCAUCCAAUUGAAACGUCAUUUGGAGAUUAUUCCAACCAGGGUGCAAGGAAGUUAAAAGCUGAUUUACAUAACUCUGUAGAUACCAAAGGAGUCUCCAGAGUUAACCACGAGUUUGAUGACAUUUUAAAUCUUAACGGUGAAGUUACGUAAGUUGGAAGCUUGUGGAGCAGGGCUUUGUAAACAAAAAGAGUGUAAUGAUGUGAUCUACAUGACUUUAAAGAGGUCCAGACAAUCUUUUGGUAAAGAAUGCAAUGAUGAGUAAUAGAACUGUCUCCUGUGAUAAAACGAAGGGCGCUAUGAUAAACAGCAUCCAGGGGGUUGAGAGUAGUGGCAGCUGCAAUUUGAUAAAUAGUGUCACCAUAAUCAAGAACCAAUAAAAAGGUUGACUGCACAAUCUGCUUCUUGCUGACUAGAGAGAGGCAAGAUCUGUUUCUGUAAAAAAGCCCACUUUAAAUCUUAGCUUCUUAACAAGCUAAUUCCUAUGUUUUUUAAACAUUAAAUCAUUCAGGGACUUGUUUGAUUAUAGAACCAUCUGAUGAGUGAAGAUGUAAUCCAUCUGAGACAAUCUUACAAGAACUUGAAAACAACAUUUAGUUUUGCCCCUGUUAAGCAUGAGUUUUAUCAGUAAGGGCUUCCUGCACAGCUGCAAAAAUCGGACUGUAGACAUGUCACAGCCAGGUCAGCUGUCGUGGCAAUUGCGUACAUAAUAGUAUCAUCAGCAUAUAGAUGAAAUUGAUUUUUUUAAAACAGAUGGACCAAUAGCAUUGAUAUAAAUAGUGAAAAGAGCAGGUCCUAGUAUCGACCCCUGCAGAACAUCUUCAGGAAAUUUGGAAAUUCUGUCACUAAGAUAAUCAUGAAACCAUGAGCAGGCGUCAGAGGCCAUGCCAAUCAAGGACAACUUGUUCAAUAAAAUAGCAUGAUCAACUGUAUCAAACGCUUUUGACAGGUCCACAAACAAGGCAGCACAAUUCAUUUUAGUGUCUAAAGCAUUGACAAUAUCAUGAACUAAUGUGGUUGCUGUGAUAGUGCUGUGCCCUGGCCUAAACCCAGAUUGAUUUAUAUUCAAAAUACCAAGCUCAGAUAAAAAAGAGCGAAGUUAUUUAUUUACCAAAGAUUCAAGAAUCUUAGCUAGACAUGGAAGCCUGGAGAUGGGACGAUAAUUAUCAAGAUCACAAUCCCCGCCCUUAUGGAGUGACAUCACAUACGCUGUUUUCCAUACUUUUGAAACAUUUCCUGAUAACAAUGUUAGAUCUAAGAUAUGGGUUACUGAGCCAGCAAUGAGGGGGGCAGCACAUUUGAGCAGACCCAGUUCCAAUUGUUCAGCCCCAGUGGUUUCUUGGUAUCUAUAGAAAGUAAGGCAUCAAAUACUUAUUUUUCUGUGAAUUGCCAAAAUGCAAAAACUUCACUACCAUUUUCUGACUAAAUCUGCAAAAUUCCAGAAUCAGGGUUUAGCCCACUCUUAGAGAUGGUAGGGUUAACCUCUUGAUUGGUAGGGGUUAGACCUCCACCUUAGAGAUGUAGGGUUAGACACUCUUAGAGAUGGUAGGGUUAGACACUCUUAGAGAUGGUAGGUUAGACACUCUUAGAGAUGGUAGGGUUAGACACUCUUAGAGAUGGUAGGGUUAGACACUCUUUCAAAAAGAUAGCCAGCUGAAAUAAAAGGGCGAUUUAAAUGCAUCAAUGAUGCCAUUUUUGUCUGUAUGUGGGGUGCCAUAUAAUUUGCUGGGGCAGAGAGGAGGAAAUGCAACCCUUAAGAGAUUUGACAGUUUUCCAGAAUUUUGGGGUUUGGGGCUCCAUGAAGAUCUCACCCAUCGUGGGGCAUCAAUGAUCAUGAGGAAGGUGAGGGAUCACCCAGACUACAAAGCACGCACCUGGUCAAUGACCUGAAGAGAGCUGGGACCACAGUCUCAAAGAAAACCAUUGAUAACACACUACGCCGUCAUGGAUUAAAAUCCUGCAGCGCACGCAAGGUCCCCCUGCUCAAGCCAGCGCAUGUCCAGGCUCGUCUGAAGUUUGCCAAUGACCAUCUGGAUGAUCCAGAGGAGGAAUGGGAGAAGGUCAUGUGGUCUGAUAAGACAAAAAUAGAGCUUUUUGGUCUAAACUCCACUCGCCGUGUUUGGAGGAAGAAGAAGGACGAGUACAACCCCAAGAACACCAUCCCAAACGUGAAGCAUGGAGGUGGAAACAUCAUUCUUUGGGGAUGCUUUUCUGCAAAGGGGACAGGACGACUGCACCAUAUUGAGGGGAGGAUGGAUGGGGCCAUGUAUCGCGAGAUCUUGGCCAACAACCUCCUUCCCUCAGUAAGAGCAUUGAAGAUGGGUCGUGGCUGGGUCUUGACAACGACCCGAAACACACAGCCAGGGCAACUAAGGAGUGGCUCCGUAAGAAGCAUCUCAAGGUCCUGGAGUGGCCUAGCCAGUCUCCAGACCUGAACCCAAUAGAACAUCUUUGGAGGGAGCUGAAAGUCUGUAUUGCCCAGCGACAGCCCCGAAACCUGAAGGAUCUGGAGAAGGUAUGGAGGAGUGGGCCAACAUCCCUGCUGCAGUGUGUGCAAACCUGGUCAAGACCUACAGGAAACGUAUGAUCUCUGUAAUUGCAAACAAAUGUUUCUGUACCAAAUAUUAAAUUCUGCUUUUCUGAUGUAUCAAAUACUUAUGUCAUGCAAUAAAAUGCAAAUUAAUUACUUAAAAAUCAUACAAUGUGAUUUUUUGGAUUUGGCCCAGCGUCGUCCAGGGUAGGGGAGGGAAUGGCCGGCAGGGAUGUAGCUCAGUUGAUAGAGCAUGGUGUUUGCAACGCCAGGGUUGUAAGUCGCUCUGGAUAAGAGCGUCUGCUAAAUGACUAAAAAUAUUUUAAAAAAUUAUAAAUAAUACAUUUGUUUUAGAUUCCGUCUCUCACAGUUGAAGUGUACCUAUGAUAAAAAAUUACAGACCUCUACAUGCUUUGUAAGUAGGAAAACCUGCAAAAUCGGCAGUGUAUCAAAUACUUGUUCUCCCCACUGUAUAUAUAUGUCACCUCUGCCAAUUCUGUCCGAUCUGUAAACAUUAGAACCAGACAGAGACACAUCAGAGUCCAGCACAUAAUUAUUGUAGGUGGUAGGGAGAGGGGCUUAAGGGGUCAUGGGUCAGAACAUCUAGCCAGCUGCAUGAGUCCCUAGAGAGAAGAGAGAGAGGGCGAAACAAAGAUAAACAAGAGAAGGGUGCUCAGCAGAGCCAGGCAGUUGUGUGUUGGGGAUAAAGGUGACACUACAUCCCCCUGCCUCAGCUCCACCUCCCCUCCCCGCCCAGGAGGUUAUCACGGGAAAGGGUGAGGGAGCACCCCUGUCCUCCCUGUCACUGGAGUUCACCCCAGCAUUUGUCUUUCUGUCACAGGAAGAAGACAAAGGAGAACUCGUACGGAUCCUCUGAUACCCAGAAAACAGGUCAGUGAACAAUCUCUCAACUCAUCUCUUUGUCAUAGCAAUGAAGCCUAAUGUUAGUCUUUACUUUGUCAAAGAUGUCAUUCAUACUGUACAUCAAAUUGAAUAAAUUUGAAUGGUGAAGAUGAGCCUUAGAAAUAAGCUAUAGGCAGGAAAAUAUAAGCAAUAGAAAAAUCCAUGUUGUUAUUGUAAUACCCAGUCAGCUAACAUGUUGUAUAUUGUUCCUUAUCAUCAUGACUGCUUUAAUGAAACUCACAGAUCCCAGCUUUAUUGAUCUGUGACAACAUGUCUGUACGGUGGGGGGUUGUGGGUAGUGAAAGCCAGUCAGGGCUUGUCUCUGAGAGCAGACAGACGCGCUCCAGCAAGCACACUGGGCCACAUCCACAAGCAUAGGUCCAACUGCCAGCUUUUCACCCCCCUUGCCCUACCCUCAUCCACUUCUACCCUCCACAUGAUUAAAGCAGACAGAGAAUUUGAAACAGAACCAUAUCUAUAGUACAGCAUGACUCUCGUUCCUGGCGUCUCUAAAAGAAUAGCUCACAUAUGGAAGCCUCAGCAGUUUCAGCCAGCCGGUCAGCUGUAAUUUGGUGCUUAUCUCUGUGCUGUCCCUGCUAGAGUCCUGUCAUUAUGUCUAUCUGUCUGUGGAGUUAACCAUUGUCUUUUUACUGUCUCUGCCUGCCUGCCCCCGGCCCUCAGGUUGCUGGAAGCAGAUCAAGCAGCCAUUUGCCAGGCACCAGUCCACAGAGUUCACCAUCAGCUACAGCUCAGAGAAGGACCCCAUGCAGAAACUAGACCUGGUCACCAGCACCAUGGCAGGUGAGGACACAUGCACACACAGAGACGUAUGUCCAUACACCCACACACAGAGACGUAUGUCCAUACACUCACACACCUCCAAUCAUCCCAACUCAAGAGCCUGAGGCACCCAUAGAAAUGAAUAUAGAACCAUUCAAUGGAGGCACCACCACCUAUUGAACUUCCAUUUUCCUCCAAGAGUGUCUGAGUUACUUGUAUUGAUCCAUAAUAACUCCACCACCCAGACAGUGUGAGGUGAAAAAAACUCAGUCAAGCUUUCCAUUCUUUACAGACAUAACCCCACUCACAGUAACUGUGACACACUCUGUGGUGAUUAGUUUACAGUUCUCUGUUCAGUCCAUGGCCAAAGCAAUCUAGAACUCAUUGUAAGCUCCUGACUCAGUGUCUGAACCAACAAUACAAAGUAAGAAGACUUCAUUAAUCAUCACACAAUGGCCUGAAAAACCAGUUGACGAUCCUCUUCUCUGGCUCUUAUUAGUAAUUACAUGUAAUUCUGGGUGAGCUUGAGAGGGUUGAUCAUCAAAGCUGGAGCCAGCAGGAGGCUAGCUAGUGUAAUCCUUUACUUUGGAAAGUCCUCUAGUAGUCUACUGAACAGUUCCUGACAGAUAAAUAAUGGCCUACUGCUGCUGUUAAUAAUCCACAGCUUUCCUUUAGGGCACCAAUUAUUGAUGAUUCACAUACUCUGCCAGGGUUUAAUAUUGAGAUGGGUCACUAUAAACAUGCUACCAGUAUAUACAGAUAAAUGAAAGGGAUCAUGUCUGUUGAAAGAAAAUUGUGUCCUUUUGAUAUACAGUGCAUUCAGAAUGUAUUCAGACCCCUUCACUUUUUCCACAUUUUGUUACGUUAGUCGUAUUCUAAAAUUGAUUAAAUAUACACACAAUACCCCAUAAUGACAAAGCAAAAACAGGUUUUUAGAAUUUUUUGCAAAUGUAUUACAAAUAAAAAAUGAAAAUAUCACAUUUACAUAAGUAUUCAGUAUGCCGCUGAAAAACAUCACCACAGCAUGAUGCUGCCACCACCAUGCUUCACCGUAGGGAUGGUGCCAGGCUUCCUCCAGACGUGAUGCUUGGCAUUCAGGCCAAAUAGUUCAAUCUUGGUUUCAUCAGACCAGAGAAUCUUGUUUCUCAUGGUCUGAGAGUCUUUAGGUACCUUUUGACAAACUCCAAGCGGCCUGUCAUGUUUAUUUUACUGAGGAGUGGCUUCCGUAUGCCCACUCUACCAUAAAGGUCUGAUUGGUGGAGUUCUGAGCGAUGGUUGUCCUUCUGGAAGGUUCUCCCAUCUCCACAGAGGAACUCUGGAGCUCUGUCAGAGUGACCAUCGGGUUCUUGGUCACCUCCCUGACCAAGGCCCUUCUACCCCGAUUGUUCAGUUUGGCUGGGCGGCCAGCUCUAGGAAGAGUCUUGGUGGUUCCAAACUUCUUCCAUUUUAAGAAUAAUGGAGGCCACUGUGUUUUUUGGUACCCUUCCCAAGAUCUGUGCCUUGACUGUCUUGGAGCUCUACGGACAAUUCCUUAGACCUCAUGGCUUGGUUUUUGCUCUGACAUGCACUGUCAACUGUGGGACCUUAUAUAGACAGGUGUGUGCCUUUCCAAAUAAUGUCCAAUCAAUUGAAUUUACCACAGUUGACAGUGCAUGUCUGAAUACUUAUGUAAAUAAAGUAUUUCUGUUUUUUAUUUUUAAUACAUUUGCAAACAUUUCUAAAAACCUGUUUUCGCUUUGUCAUUAUGGGGUAUUGUGUGUAGAUUGAUGAGGAAAAAAUGUAUGUAAUCCAUUUUAGAAUAAGGCUGUAACGUAACAAAAUGUGGAAAACGGGAAGGGGUCUGAAUACUUUCCGAAUGCACUAUAAAGGAGUCAUAUUAUUCAUUAUAACUGAGUGAAAAAAAAACAAGUUGGUGUUUUAAUAUGCUCUUUCCAAAACUGUCACGUUUGAUCACCAUGGCACUGGUAAUAAAGUUCUUAAGUGACUUGUGUCCUUGUGUCCUCCAGAGUACCAGCAGCCUCUGAUGAUUGGGAUGGGCACAGUGACCAGGAAGGGCUCUACGUUCAGACCCAUGGACACAGAGACCAAGGAGGACCCUAGCGACCCCUCCACCCACUACGACUACCUGCACACAGCCAACCAGUACGCCCUGCCCCUCACCAACCAGGAGCCAGAGUACGCCACACCCAUCAUCGAGCGCCACACCUUCCACAAGGAUGGCUUCCUGCCAGACCCGGCCAACUACUGCAUCCCAGGGGUGGUCCUCAGCAAGACCCCCUCCUUUAAAACCAUGGACAGGGAGGCAGGGGUGGGCUCCUCCGGGGGCUACCAGACCCCCCAGGUCAAAACAGACCAGGGACACAGUAACUCUGAGGGGGUCUACGACAGCCCCAAGGUGAACAAGCCUGCAGCCCAGAGCAGGAGCAAUGGCUACUCAGACUACCAGAGGCCCCUGGCCAAGCCGGCGGCGCUGGAGAGCUACUCUACCCCCAGGGACUGUGUGAGGGUGGCCCCCGCCAUUGGCCUCAGGCCGGACCAUAGACCAGACCCUGAGGGCAGCUCUGGAGGAACCUGAGGAUGGAACAUCUAUGGGACUACAGGACAAACUGUCAAACUGUGAUUUCUUUCAGUUCACUGCCGUUUUAGACGGACCUCACUGUAGAAAACAUAACCAAUCUCCUCUAAAUGGUAAAUUAUUUUUCAACUGACAUCCGGCGUGUGGGAGACGACAGUGUUUGUGUUUGCUGUGUGAAACGGACCUACUGGAUGAACUGGAUGCAUCUCUGAGGCUGUGAAGGCAGACAUGAAAAUACAAAUGCUUACUUUUAUUUUCCUAUUUUUUUUAGGGAUAAGGUGAUUUAUUAAAAAGCAAAUAGUGAUGGAGACAGGACAUGUCCUCAAAAUUGGAAAAUACCUCCCCUCAUUCCCAACUGUGACUGAUGUUUGUGACUGUAACAUAAGAUUGAGAUAAUGUGACUCGGUUCCUUAACUGUACAGUAUAUUUUGAGGUCAUGAUAAAGCUUUCAGAAUCUCUCGGUCUGAGGUGAAGCUGUUUUCAGCAGGAAGACAUAGAGGCAUAGAGGAAGCAGAGUGCUUGUUAAGUAUAGCAGCACCCAGUUUAAAGUGGCAGAUUUGUGUGUCCCCAGCGGGUCCUACUAUAGGGCGAUUUAUGCAGUCAGUCAGUGGAGUUGGCUCUUAACGGAGAACUGUAAGGACACACUGUGAAUGAAGGGACUGAAAGGACUGGUGUCACCGCAUGGGGUCCCCCACAAUGGGGGCUUUGUUACCAUGUUGCAGGUGGCUCUAUGCUCUAAAGCCGAACGGCUGCAUCGCUGCUCUGUAUCAAAGUCUGGAGGCAGAUCUGGUCAGUGUGAGCAGAGAGCCCAUGAAUAGGCAAUGGGAGAGAGUGUACAGUUAGUCUGGCAUAUUUAGAAACACCCAACAGGGGAUUUAGGGGAGUAUAACUGGACUACAACACAUCACAAAGCUGUUUUUAGAUGAUCUGUUUAACUGAACUAGGUCAAGAACUACUGUAAAGGCCUGUUCUUUUUAAAUGGAUGUUGAAUACAAAGCCAUGUUAAAUGGUACCAUUACUGCAGUGUGUACAUACAUGUGCAUCGUUUGAGAGUAAAGAAAAAAAUCUAUAGAAUUGCUGUCCUGUGCUGUCGACUAUAUUAAAAGCACCAGUGGUGUUGCUGCUGUGUUAGGAUGGAACUAAGAACUCUUUCAUUUCUGUGAAAUAUUUUGUGGAGCUCUUUCAAGCGGGGUUGUAUGUUUGUACAUGUACAGUACUGCGUCUGAUCGUUGCAAGAAGUUUGUCACUCUCAUUCAAAGUGUUCAGUGUGUCUACUGACUGUUGGCUGUAAACUGAGCCCUGAAUAAAAACACCAGCAGUUGACCUCCACAUGUCAAGGUCUCUUUACUAUGUGAAAAUGU